AUGCUGCCCGGCUUUCGCUUCGACUUUCGUCAACGGAUUUGGCUGCUCCUGUUGCAGCUUCGUGGAUGGUGGCAACCAUGGCAGGUCGAACAUCGAUGGUCGGAGACAACUGCGAAGGUGGCCGUGAGACAGGCACGGCCUACAUCGGGGACGGUAUCGCUUCACUUCCUUCAAAUCUCCGAUUCCCACAUCACGCUAUCGCCGCUGUCCGGUCAAGAAGCCGCGUACGGCAAGAGGAUGCACGAUGCCUUUUACGGCGGCUCGCCGUGCUUGUGGAACGGAUCCACUGUUCAAACUGCUCCCAUGUUCCGCGAACUUGUGGAUGUGGCUGCUUCAGCUGCCGUCGACGCCGUUUUGCUUUCCGGUGACAUCGUGAGCUUUCCCCAGGCCUCGGCAGUCGACACAGUCAGCGGCCUCCUCAACGAGACCAUGCGGUACCAAUGCGGGCCUCAGCAGGGGCGCCGCAUUCCCUACGUCUUCACCAGUGGGAAUCAUGACUGGUUUCUCGAGGGCCUUCCGGGAAGUCAGCCGGAGCUUCAGAGAACCUGGCGGUCGUCUGCGCUGCGUCCGCUGUAUGUCUCCAGCGCAACAUGGGGUGACUAUCCGCAGUUCGACUACUCCAGCAUGGAGGUGGAAGGCGUGCUCCUGGUAAUCAUCGACAACUCACGCUACCAGGUCUCGCAUGAGCAGCUGGCCUUCUUCCGGGAGCAAAUGCUUCGCUGGCUGCCCACUGUGCUGGUGCUACAUGUGCCGCUGUCGCUGACAGACAGUUUGCGACCGCACCGCGGCUUCGUCUUGUGUGGCGAUCCUGCUUGGGGAGAGGCCACGGAUCGAUCCUGGCGAGAUGAACGACGGGAUCCCUGGCCGAAGGAGGGCAACGACCUCGCGACUGAGCUUUUCCUUGAGGCAGUCCAAGCAGCGGCAGUGCCAACCGGGCCUCUUCUUGCGGUCUUGAGCGGCCACACCCACGGCCACGAUGCGACGGCCUUUGGACGCUCCCGGCGGCGCUUCGAGGAAGCGGGUGAUAGCAGCGCCUCGGACAUCGUGCCGUCUGCAGUCCAGUACAUUUGCGAGCCUUCCAUGCGGGGCGGCCAUCGUUUUCUGAAUGUGGUUCUGACUUCCGCUGAAGAAUCCCUCGGAAUCACUUUGAGCAAGCGCACGGCCGCGCAUGACUUACUGUUGGGUCUGACCUGGGCAGCUAUGAAGACAGCGCACGAGCCCGGCGAAGAUCCCGAGAUCGAGCACGAUCUGGCGUGGCGCUGCUGGGGCGGCAUCAAGAAUCUUGAAGCAGCGGCAGCCGGCAUCGAGUUGACAGCGGUGGCAGAUGGAAUUGAUGCGGUUCUGCAUCGCACCACCGAGGCUGUCAGGGCCGGCUUGGCACUCAUGGCACACGGCCUGCGCGGGCUUCUGACAGCAUCGUCCAGCAGCUGUCAAGGACGUCGCAUCUUUGCAACCUGCGAGAGCUGCCUGGAGGCAGUGCAGUGUCUUCUGCACUUCCUGGCGCUCUGGGCGGAUCCACCGAUGCUCUCCUACUCGCCUGGUUUUCGGCUGGAGGUGAUGGCUGACUGCACGAUGCUCAGGGAGUUCAACCAGGCCAUUUGGGCGUGGCAGGACGGCGACUGGGCCACAUUUGGCUACGGCGUAGGCCGGGAGAUGCCGUGUGUUUGCACCUUGAAAGAUCUCGAAAGUCCGUGGACGAUUCUGAAGUUGCAUCAGGGGGGAGUCGAGCAGUCUCUGAAGCUCAACGUCCAAUUGUACAGCUACCACCACCCGCCUCCGCCUCAUUACGGCUACGCCCCACCGCCGCCAACAUCGGGGGCGUAUGCGGCACAAGCGGCAACAGGAGGUCACCCACCACCUCCUGCAUAUGGCUACAGCAGCUAUCCGCCGCCACCAGACGGCCACCCGGCACAUCCGCCACGGCAAGAGGGCCAUCCACCACCUCCGGCGUAUGGCUACUACCCACCGCCCCCGCCAGGAUAUCCUGGCUACCCCAGCCACGGAUACCCUCCUCCACCACACGGAUGGCAUCCGCAUCCACCGCCCCAUGGCUACUGGCCGCCUCCGCCUGCGCACGGGUAUCCGGGCUACUGGCCGCCUCCCCGCGAGGCUUCCAGAAGCAGGUCCCCUCGGAGGGACGGAAAGUAUACUUGCCGAUUUUUCAUCGGAAUCGACAACGAUGAUAAGUUCAAAGUUGCCAAGCGCAUCAUCGGUGCCAACGGCAGCAACAUGAAGGAAAUCGUCAAAAAGUCGGGCGAUGUCGCCAAGCUGCGGCUGCGUGGCAAAGGUUCAGGCUUCGCCGAGCGCGACACGAACGAAGAGUCGCCAGAGCCGCUACAGCUCUGCAUCUCUUGUCCCACCCAGCACGGCUACGAAAUAGCUCGGACGUGCGUGGAAGACCUUCUGCUAAACGUUUACGACGAGUACGAAGACUAUUGCGAAGAGCAUGGUCUGGAGUGCGAACCGCCGAUCAUCCGAAUGACGGAGAGGCAUCUGGCCGGAGAUGGCGGCAGUGGGGGUGGAGGGGGCAGCGCCGGCAAUAGGCCUGCGAACAAUAGGGGAAAGAGAAAGCCGAAAGCCAAAGCCAGUGCGGCACCCAGGGUUGAAGACAGCGACAGAGGAGACCCGCCAGACGGCGCGCCUUCCGUCGAGGAGAUUGAGCAGAUGAUAUCCGACAGAAAUGCCUGUCGCAAGCGCGGAGAGUAUAGCAAGGCAGAUGAGAUUCGGGAUGACCUGAAAGCCCGUGGCGUCGUCCUGAGCGACGAGAAAGGAGCCCACGGCGAUGGGUUGACUGUAACUUCCUGGAGGUACUGGCACAAGUGA